GUAAGCCUAUUGAUAGAACGUCAGUAGAUAUUACAGAGAAAUUAGCUUAUAUAACAACACUUUCGUUCAGGGCUAAUGCACAGACGAGAAAAGUGUGCGAUGGAGUGCAGACACACCUAGUAUAAGCCUUGCAGCAACAGAUCCACUCUCACAUUUUGGACUUUCAUUUUAAUGACUUCACGAGUUAGUAUGGCUACCCAUAUGAUUACGACGGCAUUAUUAAUACUCUGCAUUUGUUUCUUCAACGUUGGAUUUUCUCAGAACAUUGUUGAAAGACCACGGGACCUGACUGUUCGAGAGGGGAGGAACGUUCUUUUUCGUUGCAUCAUCAGGAAUCUCCAAAGCAACCAGAAUGUCUACUGGUUUCGCCUAUCAACGCGGCGGUUUAUAACGGUUAACCGGAUGGUCAAUUCGAACGUACCGCAGGGAAACCGCCUCUCUAUCCUUGGUAAUGCCAACCUUGGUGAGUACUUUUUGCAGAUUCGUAACGUCGAGCUGGCUGAUGCUGGUACCUACCGAUGCGGUUAUGCGGUCCCAAACUUGUCAUUUACGUUUGCUGGUGCCGUUCUUGAAGUGCAGCGACCACCUAAUGAAGGUUCGCCGAUGUGUAGCGUUUCUCCAAACGGUCUAAACGUUGGUGAUGUAGCGACGAUAACAUGUAGAUCUGAAGGCGGCCAACCGCCGGCGUCGCUAGCCUGGAGGUUAGAAGAAACUGUCCUAACGGAGCUGAAAGAAUCGCGUAACGUUCUGUCGGUCGUUGUAAGCGCCGAACAUAAUGGACAAGAGUUUAUUUGCGACGCCGAGUCUCCUGCAAUCGACGAACCGCGUUUUUGUAGCGUCACUCUUUUGUCGAUUCGUCCUGAUGUUCGUGUCGAGCCUCCUCUCGGCAUCGCAGAGGUUGGAGGACGUAUCGUUUUUACCUGCAUCGCGUUCGGCCUACCCGAAAUCGUCCGAUACGAAUGGUUAUUUAACAACAAGCCCGUAGAUGACAUCCAACGAUUGGAAGUAAGCCUGGAUGGUAGAACUCUGAUAAUUAAUGACAUUAAACUGGAAGAUGACGAAAGCCCGGUCCACUGUACUGCGACUACAACGCAGGGAUUGUCAGGAACUUCAGGCGCUUUACUCCGAGUCGAAGACUUUGGUACAUUUACGGUUGAACCAACAACCAUAAAUGCAACGGAUUUCAAUAACGACACCAUGGAAGGUCAAGCUGGUAAAACCUCCCCUGUCGUCAUUGCUAUAAUAGUCAUCGCUGUCAUCAUCGGACAGGUCUUGAUUGUCAUCAUAGUGUACGUAAUUCACAGAUGUGUAAACAGAAUGAUGACAGAGAGAAAAGCAAGACGUCGCUCUACGUCUGUUAUGAGAGACAUGAACGUGAUAAAUCCCCAACCAGCUAGGACGAAAGCUACAGAUAUGGAAGAGAACAUUUAUGUUGGUGGCGUGAGUAUUCCAGAUCGUAGCGACAUUGAUCCAGAAACCGGUGCACCAAAGGUGUUUUACAAUAGCAUAACUGACUCGUCGUUUGAUAGCAUGGGUGAAGGGGUCUACUCGCAAGGACCAACAACUCCCCAUACCGACAUUUAUCUAGGUGAAGUCGGUAUCCCUUUAACAACUCCUCCAGAGCGACCAGAAAGAGGGCGUCCUUCUCUAACGUCCCCUCCCUCGCCAUUAUACAGCAAUCCUACAGAUCUAGAUCAAGGUAUUCAGCAACCCCAGGGCCGUCUACCGCAUCGGACAGAGCCCCCUACGUCACCGUCUAACAUUUCGGAGUCCCCAUACGGAUACGAUGAGGUGCCUUUUGUCGAGGCAGAGGAAGAACAUAGGCGUCCUCCGCCGCCUACCAGUACCCCACCACGCCCACCUGUCGUUGUUACCUCUCCACCACCAAACAAGCCCCCUCCAAGAGUCCCAGCUGAUCAACGUCGGUCCAAUCCACAGGGGAGAGUCCCGCCUCAGAAUAACCAGUACUGUGGUUUGAACCCUGAUCGUCCUGAUAGCCGAUACCUCAGUCUGCGCCACUACGACGAGGCUUACUCCGAUGACUUACUUCAGCAAGGCGCGAGGCUGAGCGGGGAAGAAUACAGCCCGUACGAUCACCCCGUGACUGAUCACGACGAUGACCACCACGUUGAUGACGAUGAACACCACGAGGACUAUGGUUACGUGUAUGAACUACCGCCUGCUAAUUCCACGCCGGAUGAGUUGUAUGACGUCCCUCCCGAUGCCGAAAAACGCGAAUAUACGUUCAUGGGUUCUAAUUUGCCUCCAAAAUAAGGCAAAAGGAAAAGACUGUUUAGUCAUUUCAGGACAACUUAUUAGAGAACAAAAGUAAUGAUUCUAAAAUAUUUGUACUUAAAUGUGUAUCGGACUCAAUAUCAAUGGCUGGUCCAUUCGAUUUGUUUGUCAUAAAGAGCCAAAACGCCAAGGUCUGUUUUUUAUUUUGUUCAAAUGGUUUUUAGAGAGGGUAUAUUUUUCUGAUAUGAUCACUAUCUAGUCAGAGCAUAACACAACGAGUAACUUUAAAGUUGAAGUAGUUAUUAAUUAAUUCCUUUUUCAGUGCUGAUUGCAUAAUGGAUGAUACAGAUAACAUUUUAUUUGUCUGCACAUUUCCCUGCAUAAAGGUUUUUAUUUUCAACAUAUUUGUCAACGUUUUUUAAAAUAAUUCUAUCGCUCUCUUGAUGGCGACAAGUACUUCUUGAAACCUCGAGGACCGGAACUGUUAAACCAUGUUUUGGGUACCCAUCCUAGUAUAAAGAAUAAACUGUGUUAACUAUACAAUCUAAAGGCUUGUUCAGACAUUACGCGAAGGUUUUUCGAUGAUGACGUAAAGUGUAAUACACGCCACAUUUCUGCAUAAUUAUUAUAACACAGAGCUCAGUGAAUUGGCACACUACCUUGGUUGUCAAUAAUUUACAAAACCGCCACGGCCUUUUUAGGUUUUUUGUUAGGCUUUUUUCCUGUGAUUUUACCGCGUCUAAUCUGAACGAGCCUUUAUUCUCAAUACCAUUUUCCAUACACAGGCAUAGCUAGUUCUUACAAAUAAUAUGACAUUGUUUUCAGGAGGAAUUGUCUGAUCAGCUCACUUCACUCAUGCUGAUCAUGAGCCGAUAUCGGUUUCCUUUAUCCAGAUAUCCGGAGCACAUUCUAAACAGUUGCUUAUCAGGAUAUUGAUAUCAGUGUUAUCUAAUCAUGAUUAGAUUGUACUUUCGGUUUGGGUCAUAAUUGACCUGAACUAUUAAGAAGACAGGCCGUGUUGUACACUGACAUCUUAUUUAAAUUUUACUCGAUUAUGGUUGCGCAAAUGGUCAUGAAGGUAGUCUUUUGAAAAUGCAACAUAAUAAUAUAUAUCUGUAAAGCGCUUUGAUAGGACCUUCCGUCCGGAAAAGUGCUAUAUAAGAACUAGUUAUUAUUAUUAUAUGUAUACACAGCGGCAUAUCCAGAAAGUGUAUGUAAAAUGUGGAGGGGAGGGGGGGGGGGCGUAAUACGAAAUUACCAAUGUCGACGCCCAUUAUAUUAAAUCACUUACACUCUCAAAUUUAUAGAAUGUUAAAUCACCAUUUGAAAGGACUGAGGGUUGGCCACUUUGUUUAGAGUGGCGGAUAAACAAUUUGAACAUAUUGGAAUCCAACGAUCUCAAGGUUGAAUAUAACAUGUUAAAAGAAAUAAUCUAACAUUUUGAAAAAGUACUUUUUAGAUG